CAACCCAACCAUAGCUGCUAUCAGUGUUGAUUUGUUUUCGAACGUUUGCGAUUGGCUGUACUGGGGAUGUGCGCGGCGUAUAAGCGCUGCGGCGUAUAAGCUGAGGCGCGGGGUGAAACGAAUUGUCAUUCAAUCGACUGACUUCGUGCAGUUAGGUUGUUCUUUUGCUGUGUUUUCAUCAUUUGGCAGACAGUAUCUCAACAGUAGUGGAUUUGAAGUUUCCUAUCGAAGUGCAGAUAAGUAGUAAUCAUGACGAUUAUCACGAAACCAAUAACGGAGAAGAAAGAAGCGAAGCUUAUCCUCCCUCUGGUCGAAAACGAUCAGCUGGCCGCAAACGCUUCUGCAGCAGAAGAUGUGGAGUCACAGGGAAGCGAUCAAGAUCGCACUUUCAUUAUCCUGAAGGCCAGAGCCCAUAGGAUUCAUGGUAUUACCACAUUGGUGAUCGUUCUUAUUGCGAGCAUCGUGGCGGCCAUCGGCGUCAUGGGCGGUGCGUACUUGUACCGCCAAUAUUUGAGGUCGCAGGUGUUCAAAGGCUGGUGCACCAUUCCGUACAAGCAGAACAGCGAGACGGCCGCCCUUAUGCUCGACAACGAUCUCAAGGAUUACAUGGACACCUACGAUGAGGAGAGCUUCAAGGUCCCCAGCUAUCUUUUCAAGGAGAAGUUCGAGGUCGACAUGGACGACGAGUACGAGAAGAUCGACGUGCCAGACUUCAAGGAUGGCCGCGAUGGGCGCUUCAUCCACGACUUUAACACUAACACCACCGGAAUCAUUGACCGCACUGGUAACAGAUGCUUCAUCAUGCCGCUCAACCGCAAGAACGUGCUGCCUCCUAAAUCACUUCUCGACCUGAUUCAGAAGAUGUGGAAGGGUUACUACAAGGUCAACGUGGACAUCGUCAAGGAGACCAUGCGUGUGGUGACGCCGCCCAUCUCGGACACCUCCAAAGUUGGGGAAUAUAUAUCGAAGGAGUGCUAUGGUCUACCCAUCUACAAGUUGGAACAAUACGUUGGCGGAGUGGUCAAACGCUCGGCGGAUCUGCACGACGAGGCGAAAUUCGCUCAAUUCUCUGGCAACGGUAUCAUGGAGUUUGACAUCAUCAACUUCCACGAGGUCGAGGCUUACGAGAACAGCUUGAAGCAGUGAAUCGACGGGACGCAGAAGAAAAGUAAUUUUAGAUAUUAAUAUUUUUGAAUUUCCAUUACGAAACGUAUAUAGUUCUCUUCUUAAACAUAUUCAAUUCACAUCACUAUAAUGUAUACAAAAAUGUAACAUAUCCAAAACUGAAGGAAAAAUAUUCUACAUUUGCAUACAUAGAAUAUGAACAAGAUAAUUAAGUUACUGUUAAAAAAAGAACGAAUAAAUAAAUUAUACGUGAAAAUAUUA